UGUAGCUACUCAACUUCUCUGACAGGAUCUGUCUUUUUACCGAUCUUGCUGAUUUUCUUAUAAACAUGCCUAUUCAGCUGACAAGUCAGGCUUACUGUAAAAUGGUUUUACAUGCUGCCAAGUAUCCUCACUGCGCCGUGAAUGGAUUGCUGGUGGCAGAAAAAACGAAGGAGAAGAAGAAAGACAGCCACGGUGAACCAGUUUUGUGUGUGGACUGUGUGCCGCUGUUUCACGGUACACUUGCUCUGGCACCAAUGCUAGAAGUAGCUUUAACACUGAUUGAUACUUGGUGUAAAGAAAAUAGUUACGUCAUUGCUGGAUAUUAUCAAGCUAAUGAACGCACAAAGGAUUCAAGACCCAACCAAGUUGCUGAAAAAGUGGCUGCAAGAAUUUCUGAGAACUUCAGUGACGCUGCAAUUGUUAUGCUGGACAACAGUAGAUUAACAAUGAGCUGUUUCGAGCCUAUUGUGCUUAUCUAUGACCAUCAUGAAAACAAGUGGAAAAGCAGAGAAGUAACUUUUGACUGUUUUGAGGAUUGGAGCGAAGCACAGAAGAUCACAUCUGCUCUGUUAGAGGGCAGGUCCUACGAGAACUUGAUUGACUUUGACAAUCACUUGGAUGAUCUGAGGAACGACUGGACCAACCCUGUGAUCAACAAGUCCGUCCUGGAUCUGUGCUAAGAGAGUCAGUCUGAAGUACCCUGGACAGGCAGACAAAUAUUGCUGCUAUUUCAGCAUGCAUGAUGCUACUAAUCGUGUAGCACAGGAGUACAAAAAUGCUGAACAAAUGGUCUUUGUUCCAUCAAAACCCCCUCGUACUGAGGGUAACUUGCGGAGCAGUUAGGCCAAAAUCCUUCAAGGGCAAGCGCCAUACGUACUGUAUGUACACUGUUGGCAUGUGCUCACCUUUACAAUGUGAUACUGAGGUGAUGAAGGCAAUGUUUUUGACUGCAACUUUAAUGUUUCUUCAAUGGUUUGUGUUUAUUCAUAGUUGUGUGCAUAAAGUUAAAUUCUAGAGUAUUUCAUCUAUUGUUUCCUCUAAGAUUUUACAGCCAGUAGCCAUACAGAGAUCAAGUUCUAAAUUAUUAAAAAUGUAAGAUGAUUGUACAUGUUCUUUAUUAAAUGUCUAGUUUGUUUUAAGCCCUGAAACUAAAUUAACAUGUAGAACAGUAGUCUGAAUAGCAGUUUAAUUAAAAACAUUCAUAAAAUUAUAAGUAUAUAGAUGACAUAGAGCUGGAGAGAUGGGAAUCUUAAACAGUUUUGUCUUAUCUGACCAUCAGAUGUCACAUACCAACUCGAGUUCUUCUGUAGAUGCACCAGCAAUAACAUUGGGAUAUCAUUGGGAUGGUUGACUCAAGAGCUUUGCCUUUUAAAUUAUUAAUGCUUACACAAACCUUUCUAUGAUGCAUGUCUCCUGUUAUCAUCCCUGGUGGGCUUCAGAAUGUCAUUCUGGAUGAUACCGAUGUUGGGUUAUUGGCUUUUGAUUGUUGCUCUGGAAGAUUCUUUCUGAAAUACAAUACACUGAAUCAGAUCACAGGAAUGUGUGAAUUUUGUUUUGUGUAUGGUAUCUGUUAUAAGAAUUAGGUAGUAAGUCUUUAUUUAUACUUAAUUGACCACUCUAAAUACUACUGUUUAAUAAAUAAUGUUGAAACAUUUAAAUACUUACUGUGAGGAUGCAGAACUGCCUUUGUAUUUGACUUUAGAAUUAAUCAGUAAGAGCUAAUUAAAUAAUUGUUUGGAUGUCACAUUUUUUUACAGACAUUUUAUGAACUGAAUGUAAAAUGAAACCAACUUUUGAAACUAA